AUGUCGGGUCCAUUGAAUAAUAGGCCGUUGUUGCCGCUGCUCAAUGGCCAGCCACAUCUCCCCCGGAUCGCACUGCACAAACGGAAGCGGACGCAAGUGCUGGCAGCUUGCGACGGUAUGUCAAUUGUCAUUCUCAUUCAGACCAAGUCACAAGCCUUCCAGCAGACAACUGACGCAAUACCCAGGGUGCCGAAAGCGGAAAGUGAAGCUUGCCGUCUUUGCGUCUCAUCCCAGGCGUCAUGCAUAUACACCGUUGCCGAGGGAACAACUCACAGGGAGGCUCAGAAGCGGAAGCUCAUUAGUAUUUCCGUAGCGCAUGAGAACAGCCAACGAGUUUUAGAGUUGAUUCGAGAAAAUCGCGAUGGCGUUGCAGACGACAUCACGAGGAAGCUGCAGGAAUCCGACGAUCUUCAACACUCGAUUAACUUGAUAGCCGACGCCAGUCUUCUCCUACCAAAAUUUCAUGAGGGUCAAGGUAAGUUUUACAACAAGUCCAAAGUGGCAGAGCAAUUGAUGAUCCAGCCACUAAUUUCUGAUACCGACAGAGGUGAUGGGUGUCUCCGCCCUUCUGACCACAUUAUGCCCAUAUCGCGCUGGACCAAGAUUUCUCGAGCCGACACGACAUUGACACAUCUUGUCAACGCCUUUUGGACCUGGAACAACACUUUGUCGCAUCUCAUUGAUAGAGACCUCUUUGUUUCCAGUCUAGAAUCUAUCGACUCCAGCGCUAACUCCGAUCGAAACGGUCAAUUUUGUUCGUCUUUACUUGUCAACGCCAUCCUAGCCGUCUCAACGCUAUAUGCAAACAAGGUUGUAUUAGGAUCAGUGUCAGCAGAAACAAGGACAACACUGAGCCGCGAUUUUGCCGCUUCUGCAUUCGAGCUCCUAGAAUCGGAGCAGCAUAUGAGUUCCUUGACUCUACUGCAGGCUGCGGCUGUUUUGUGGACUUUGGUCAGGAAUGAGGGAUCUGAUGAGUCAAAAAGUCGAUGUUUGACCCUACAGGGUCUGCUGAAGCGGACUUGGUCGUCUGUUCGCCUGGAGAACACAAGCUACGGUCUCAUCACGUCUCCCAGAGAGGAAGGGGGUAUUGCAGAGAAGAUGCACCAAGCAGAUUCCUACAUCACGUGGGGGUUCUACUGCUUCUUUUCGCCUCUCAUUAUGAAAACAUUCGAACGUCUAGGCACUCGAGACCAUUCCAACUCAUGGGAUUCAACGUCAAAUGUCGGCAAAGAUCCUAAAGGCCUCAGAGUAUUCGUCGCGGAAUGUAACCUUUGCGAGAUUAUUGCUCAAUUCGUCACCGAUCAUGCUGCGAAUAGACUGAAUCGUGAUCACUGCACGGCACUUUACAACAAACUCACAUGUUGGCAACUCUCCCUCCCUGGUGAUCUUAUGGCGGGAAAUAGCGUUCCUGAAUCCGUUUUAUUCCUUCGAGCAACAUAUGAUUUCAUCGCUCUGAAAGUCUUGUCCGUUUACUUGAAGCAGCCUGAAACCGAUAUGCUUAACGCUCAUAACGCCGCACUUGCCCAAAUUGGCCAUGCGGGCUCCAUGAUGGCUAGCCUUUGCCCCGUUGGUGGUAUAUCGAUGACGAGGCACGAGUACUGGACAGCCGAGUAUUGCUUUUCUGUUGCAAAGGAUCUCUUGCCUUGGCUCGACUCGGGUAUUGCGGUGCCCACAGUACGUGACACAAUUGGCAAAGCUUGCUGCAUCCUCAGGGAUAUGUCUGAUGCCGGAGUAUCAGGCCGCGCACAGGCAUUGCUUCUGGAUAUUACCAAGCAGGCAAAGUCGUCAGGCAAGAUCUUAGCCCCUCAGGGCAAGCAGUAUGCAAGAGCAGAACUUAACCCAGCAGUUACAAUACACGGCGUGCUGGUUUUCGAUGGCAAGAAUGACCUCAUGACCGAUUCUACAGAAGGAGCUUUCAUAGUUAAGUUCAAGGAUAAGAUCCGUAGCGUUGAACUCGUGAUGAAUUGA